AUGGCGGCCUGUCUCCGCCUCUGUUCCCUAACGAGGUGUGAUAUUAGUAUGGCACAGUAUGGCCCAGUGUGCAUAUGUUCUACUUCAGUAACAAUUACCACAGUUUUGACUAGUACAACUCAACCUACCAGCACCACAACUACUUCAUCUGCUACUCCAUCAUCAACAACAACCACUGCAGCUACUACAACUCAACCUACCAGCACCACUACUACCAUUCCAACAACUGUAAGCACUACAGCAUCAACUGCCCCCUCAUCCACAACUACUACAGCUUUAACUUCUACAACUCAACCUACAAGCACCACAACUACCAUCCCAACAACUGUAAGCACUACAGCAUCCACUGCCCCCUCAUCCACAGCAACUACUACAGCUUUAACAAGUACAACUCAACCUACAAGCACUACUACUCCCACCCCAACAACUGUAAGCACUACAGCAUCUACUGCCCCCUCAUCCACAACUACUACAGCUUUAACUUCUACAACUCAAUCUACAAGCACCACAACUAAUGUCACCACAAAUACUUCAUCUGCUGCUCCCUCAUCAACAACAACUACUGCAGCCACUACUCAACCUACAAGCAUCACUACUACCAUACCGACAACUGUAAGCACUACAGCAUCCACUACCCCCUCAUCCACAGAAACUACUAUAGCUUUAACUUAUACAACUCAAUUUACAAGCACCACAACUAAUGUCACCACAAAUACUUCAUCUGCUGCUCCCGCAUCCACAACAACUACUGCAGGCACUACUCAACCUACAAGCACUACUACUACCAUACCGACAACUGUAAGCACUACAGCAUCCACUACCCCCUCAUCCACAGCAGCUACUACAGAUUUAACUUCUACAACUCAAACUACAAGCACUACAACUAAUAUCACCACAAAUACUUCAUCUGCUGCUCCCUCAUCCUCAACAACUUCAGCUUUAUCUUCUACGACUCAAUCUACAAGCACCACAACUAAUGUCACCACAAAUACUUCAUCUGCUGCUCCCUCAUCCACAUUAACUUCUGCAGCCACUACUCAACCUACAAGCACUACUACUACCAUACCGACAACUGUAAGCACUACAGCAUCCUCUGCCCCCUCAUCCACAGCAAUUACUACAGCUUUAACUUCUACAACAAAUACUUCAUCUGCUGCUCCCUCAUCAACAACAACUACUGCAGCCACUACUCAACCUACAAGCAUCACUACUACCAUACCGACAACUGUAAGCACUACAGCAUCCACUGCCCCCUCAUCCACAACAACUACUACAGCUUUAACUUCUACAUCUCAAUCUACAAGCACCACAACUAAUGUCACCACAAAUACUUCAUCUGCUGCUCCCUCAUCAACAACAACUACUGCAGCCACUACUCAACCUACAAGCAUCACUACUACCAUACCGACAACUGUAAGCACUACAGCAUCCACUACCCCCUCAUCCACAGAAACUACUACAGCUUUAAUUUCUACAACUCAAUUUACAAGCACCACAACUAAUGUCACCACAAAUACUUCAUCUGCUGCUCCCUCAUCAACAACAACUACUGCAGCCACUACUCAACCUACAAGCAUCACUACUACCAUACCGACAACUGUAAGCACUACAGCAUCCACUACCCCCUCAUCCACAGAAACUACUACAGCUUUAACUUCUACAACUCAAUUUACAAGCACCACAACUAAUGUCACCACAAAUACUUCAUCUGCUGCUCCCUCAUCCACAACAACUACUGCAGGCACUACUCAACCUACAAGCACUACUACUACCAUACCAACAACUGUAAGCACUACAGCAUCUACUGCCCCCUCAUCCACAGCAACUACUACAGCUGUAACCUCUACAACUCAAUCUACAAGCACCACAACUAAUGUCACCACAAAUACUUCAUCUGCUGCUCCCUCAUCCACAACAACUACUGCAGGCACUACUCAAACUACAAGCACUACUACUACCAUACCGACAACUGUAAGCACUACAGCAUCCACUGCCCCCUCAUCCACAGCAGCUACUACAGAUUUAACUUCUACAACUCAAACUACAAGCACUACAACUAAUGUCCCCACAAAUACUUCAUCUGCUGCUCCUUCAUCCACAAUAACUACUGCAGGCACUACUCAACCUACAAGCACUACUACUACCAUACCGACAACUGUAAGCACUACAGCAUCCACUGUCCCCUCAUCCACAGCAACUACUACAGCUUUAACUUCUACAACUCAAUCUACAAGCACCACAACUAAUGUCACCACAAAUACUUCAUCUGCUGCUCCCUCAUCCACAACAACUACUGCAGCCACUUCUCAACUUACAAGCACUACUACUACCAUCCAGACAACUGCAUUCACUACAUCAUCAACUUCCCCCUCAUCAGCAUCAGCUACAGCUUUAACUUCUACAACUCAAUCUACAAGCACCACAACUAAUGUCACCACAAAUACUUCAUCUGCUGCUCCCUCAUCCACAACUACUUCUGCAGCUACUACAACUCAACCUACAAGCACCACUAUUACAAUCCCAACAACUGUAAGCACUACAUCAUUAACUGCCGCCUCAUCCACAGCAACUACUACAGCUUUAACUUCCACAGCUCAACCUACAAGCACCACAACUACCAUCCCAACAACUGCAAGCACUACAGCAUCCACUGCCCCCUCAUCCACAACAACUUCUACAACUCAAUCUACAAGCACCACAACUACCAUCCCAACAACUGUAAGCACUACAUCAUUAACUGCCCCCUCAUCCACAACAACUUCUACAACUCAAUCUACAAGCACCACAACUACCAUCCCAACAACUGCAAGCACUACAGCAUCCACUGCCCCCUCAUCCACAACAACUUCUACAACUCAAUCUACAAGCACCACAACUAGUGUCACCACAAAUACUUCAUCCGCUGCUCCCUCAUCCACAACUACCACAGUACUGAUUACUACAACUCAACCUACAAGCACUACUACAACUGUCCCCACAACUGCAAGCACGACAACAUCUACUGCUUCAUCAUCCACAACAACAUCACAGGCAGUAACCAGUAGUCCAACUCCAGUGUGCAUUUGUCCUACUCUUUCUUCCACAACCACCACCACAGCUCAAACUACAAGCACCACUACUAUAUCAGCAUGUGGUGAGUCGCUAACAUAUACAAUCAUACCCUAA